UUCAUACAGCACAAUAUUUACGGAGUGAAACGCCUCGGGUCCCGAACUAGCUUAGACCAGACAGCUUGCUAGAUAAAUUGCAAACGUUUUGAAGUCAGAAGCUGUGGUUUCCUUAGAUAAGAAAGUGUUUUAUCUGAAAUAAUCUAGCUAAUUUGGCUUCGUAUGAUUUUGGCCUAAAUCACAGGCUGCUUCAUUUGAUAUGAUAAUUUUACUUUGAAUGUCUGAAAGUCCCGGAAGAGCCACUGGCAUCUGUUUUACAGACCGCGGGAAAAUGUCGUUAUUUCCUGCUCCCUGAAAAAGGUUGUCGUUGGGUUGGCGCGKCAGUGAUUGUAAACAGAUGAUAAUAAUAACAUUCUUCGAAUAUAUUUUCAUAUGGUACAUCUCUGAGCCAUUGCUUGAGCAUCGGGAGAAUGGAGGGGGAUUUGAUGGACGAAGUGUAUGGUGAUCUCAGCCAAGACAACUGUAAUACGGUGGCAGCUUUCGAUGAUGAUUCUGUAGAUAUUUAUUCUGGUUUGGAAAGUCCAAGUCCGAGGAUUUAUCCAAAUGCAGAAAGAAACUGCACACUCCUCUCACCACAGAAUCUGAGCUCUAUGGAUUUAUAUGAAGAAAUCAUAACAGAGGAACAACAGAAUAAAGACUCUUCCUACAAUGAGUUGAGGACAAGAUACAAUGCUGCACAAAGCCAAAUUGAAGAGUUACUUAGGCGGUUGCAGCAGAUUGAAACAAAGAAUACAACGCUGAACACUGAGAACAGCCGCCUGAAGAAGAACAUCUGUGCGCUCAUCAAAACAGCUAAAAUGGAGGUUGUGCGGAAGGACAAGGAGAUAAAUAGGUUGAGCCAAAGUUUCAGGCCAGAGAGAGGUCCUGCUGCUCACCAUCAAUCUCAGAUGAACUGCUUGAAAAAUCAAGUUCCAACGAGACUGAAUCGAGGGCCUUAUCAACCAAGCCAACCAGAAGUUCCAACCAGACUGAAUCCUACGGGGCCUUAUCAACCAAGCCAACCAGAAGUUCCAACCAGACUGAAUCAUACGGGUCCACCUCCACCAACUCAACUACCAGGAUCUAAGGGUUGUGUUGUAAAGGAUCUUCAUCAGCUGCUCUGUCAAGACAGAGAUGUGGUCCUCCCCCAACCCCCAUCUGACGCAAGAGUUUUCAGACCACCUCUUCCUGUCACCUCUAGAGGCGAUUCAGAAGCUCCAGUGAAAGGCACAUAUUCUUCUGUUAGUAGUUCCAGUAAGGACUCCGUGAAUAGACACCAUACACGUGAACUAGGCCUGUCAGACAAGCCGAAACAAACCAAGCACAGAGAAGGCAGAGGUGAAAGUCCCAGGCUGUCUGAGUCAAAGGAGCAGCGACAUAAAAACAGUCCAGAUGUAAAUAAGGAAUCUCAUUCAGAUGAGAGGAACCGGUCACACAGAGCACAAAAAGAUAUAGGAAAAUAUGAUUCUAAGUCAAACAGAAMCAGAUACCCUCAUCCCUCAGAUGUUGAGGUACACAGGAGAUCAGAUAAGUCUAAAAGCCCACACUCAGACAUUUUGCAUGGCACUGCUUCCUCUUACCGUACGUCUAAAGGAUUGUCUAAAGACAGUGCAGACAUUCUAUCAACAGGGUCUAGUCGGCAUGAUAAGGUGCUUAGCUUUGAUAAGGAUGACGAUAAGCGUAGAAGUAUUAAAGACAUUUCCUCUAAAAACAGAAGGCAUGCCUAUUCAAAUCAAGCCAGUCUCACUAAACGAUCCAGUGAAUAUUUUAAUCGCAAGGGAGGGACAAGUCCUCCAAGGGACCAUCGAAGGAAAAAAGAGAGAAAUAGAGAGGAUGAGAUUAGAAAAGAAAAAAACAAGUCAGGAGAAAGAAAAAGCAGUUGUACAGAGAGAGGAAAGGAGCGUGAGGAAAAAAGAACAAAGGAACGUAACCGAUGCAGUGCGGACGUCAGUAAGGACAAGAACAUGUUCAACGGUYAAGUCAGGGAGCCAAAGACACAUGGGGAAUCGGAAGUGCUUCUGCCUGAYGCCAAAGUGGCUGAGAAAAGCUCUAUAGAGGAAAAAGGUCCCAACAGAAAGUUAAGUUUCAUGGAAACUCUGAACCUCACCCUGUCACCAGUUAAAACACCAAGACAGUCUGCUGAAGUCAAGGAACAGGAGGAGGGCACACCACCUGAUGAGGUUCCUGAAGACCAGUCAGCAGAAGACGGUGGACAACCUGAUCUUGGAGAAUUGCUURUAUUAGACAAAAUCAACAGUAGUGUAGUAGACACCCAUGAGGUCUUUGAGAACCCAGUUAUACAGCCCUCUUCAGAAAUCUCAACGCCUCCAGAACCUGAAAGUAUGGAGAGUAGACAUACAGAGAGAGAAUCUUGUCCGGAUGCUGAAAAGCCUCUGUCUGAAGCCACAGUAGCCAAAGAGCGACAUAAGUGCCAGUUAGAAGUAGAAGACAGUACUGUCCAAGAUGGCUCCGAAGGAAGGCCUGAGCUGCCCGUGGCCAUAGAGGGUCAGAGGACUAAACCCACCACACCAGAACCUCUCAGGAAGGAUUGUGUUUCAGCUCCAGACUGUGACAUUGUUUUGAAAACUCCACUGAAGAGCAGACUUGAAAAAUGUGCCUCAGAAAGCAAAACUGGCACAUCUAAGGAUUUGACUGCUGCUGCUGUCUCWGCGACUACUACUACUGUCACUGAGAAUUGUGGAAACAAUUCAAAUACCGACACUGGCCUAUCUGCUAAUGGACUUCCCCCUGAACAUUCAACUGGAGAUUCACUGGUUAUUAUUACUGACAAGUCCAACAGUGAAACUCCCAGUGCUUUGGUCUGUAAAAGCCAAGCUGUUGAAACUGUGACACAAGAUCCACCUACUGCUGUCUGUGUGGGACAUCCUGCUUUUGAAGGUAGUCCAGGAAAACAAUCAGAAUCUCUGCAAUUAUCACCCCUUGUCCAACCUGAGGGCCUUCAACAACUGCCUGCUUCCAUUAUUUCUAAUUCUAGUCUGGAGAAAGAUGUGACAGAGGGGCAAGAUGUUUCCAAGGAUGCUGUGUCCAGUACGAUUAGCAUGGAGGUAGAUAUCUGCAUCACGUCUGAGGUCAUUACUGAUGUCACAGAGAUACCUGUGGAGUGUGAGAAGGAGAGAACUCUUGUGGAACAAAGUUCCCCGUUGAGCAGUAUUGGGGUGUCUAAGGUGAGCAGCACCACAGGAGAGGUUGCACCUUCUGAACAGCACAACAGUGGUUUGGCAGAGACACRGAAGAAGUACCUCAAUUCUGAGCCAAGCUACACAGAGAAUGAAGAGGAGAAUGUUGAGCCCUCUAGCUCCAUUCCGAUGGCCCAUGAUGAGGACUCGAUGAUGCUCACACUGAGUAAUCUAAAAGUCAUUCCACAUGCCAUAAGCCCACUCACAAGCCCAGUCCGCCUGAAGAUGAAUAGCCAGCAGCUGCCAUGUCACAGCAAACCUGCUUACGUCAAGAGUCUUUGCAAAGAGUUUCCCAGUGCUACUGGAGAUUCCAAUUCAAAGAAGUUGGAAGUGAAUCAGGAGAACAACAAUCCUGGCUGCUCCGUCACACAUGCUGCACAACGAGAUGUGGAUGAGACAUCUGUCCAUCCUUCCAGCCUUGAGGAACUGGAAGAAGGUGAAAUUGUUAGUGAAAGUGAAGAGGAAGAAACUCCAGUCAUGCCAAGUUCUCCAGCCAUGACGGUUAMGCCCACAAGAACUAAUAAAAAUCAACCAACUCUCAAGUCAUCCCCUAGACUUUCAAAGAAGCCGGCCAAAGAAAAUAGUUCAGUUUCACAACAGAAUUUUYAACUCAGAAGUAAAACCUUGACUUCACCAUUUGGAAGCCCCACAUCAAACAAAACCCGCUACAAAACUGUUCAACCUCCGUUACCCAAAGCUGCCUUGUCUACCGUGGAGGAGGUUAUGGCCAUGCUUGCAAAGAUUCGCUAUGAGUGCAGAAAAAAGUACAUGAAGCUUCAUUCAACAUUCCCUAAGAAAACCUUCUGCGGUGUUAUGGACAUGUCCUUUUUUCCCUCUUUUACAGACUUUGUUGAUAGUGUAAGCUUUACUAAACUAUGCAGCCAAGAAGAUUACCUCAAAGUUAAACUGAAGAACAUCAUCAUUUCUGUUUUGAGUAAGUUAUCAAAUAAUGGCAUUGUCAACCGCAUCUUUGACCAGGAACCACUUAAUAUGAAGUCGAAGCUGUGGGAAUUUGUGAAUGUGCAGUUAGACUUCUUAUUCAAGGAGAUUCAGACUGCACUGAGAAGUGUUUGCAAAUCCUCAAACGGAAGUCAGUCGGCAGGAGCAGAAAAAAGAGACAGGAGUCUCUCUGGAAAUGGGGUACCCAAGCUGCCAGUGAAGUCCCCCAAGCUGCCAGUGAAGUCCCCCAAGCUGCCAGUGAAGUCCCCCAAGCUGCCAGUGAAGUCCCCCAAGCUGCCAGUGAAGUCCCCCAAGCUGCCUGUGAAGUCCCUCAAGCCAUCUGUGGCCGCUGAACUUAAAAUGCAGCAGGGAGUGACCAUAACCAGAUCUUCUGCACCAAAAAGACUGCAAAAGGAAUUCACUGAGUGUGUUGAAACCAGCAUGAAAAGAACCAGGUCUCGGACUGUCCCCCCUUGCAAAACAGGUCUUGGGAGAGGCAAAAAUAUUAAAAUGUCCUUCGAAGAGGAUAUGGAAUCUGUGACUCAAACCUCAGAUCCUCCUGUUAUCCAACCUCCUUUGCAACACGUGGUAGAGAUCUUACCAUCAAACAGCUCUUCAUCUGCUGAGAAAACAGCAACCUGUGUUCGCCGGCUGUCUCAAAAUGGCUCACUCCAUGACAAGCCUGACUUUGAAAUCCUCACAGAACAGCAAGCCUCCAGCCUAACGUUCAACCUGGUAACGGACUCUCAGAUGGGAGAGAUCUUCAAGUGUCUCUUACAAGGAUCUGAUCUGCUAGAAACGAGUGUCUCAGCUGGGGACAAUCAUGGCUGGUCCCUUGGUACUCCUCUGAAAGAAAGAGAGCGUUUCCUAGGCGUUGGUACCCCAAGUAAAGUUGGUACUCCCUCUAAACUCAUUGCCACAUGGUCAGCUAUUUCACCUAUCAAGUUUUCCUCUCCAAAUUCAAAAGUACAAAUUCCAUUAAAUCCAUCUUUGUUGGAUGAGAGUUGCAUGUUAGAGGUGCCCUCCGGCCUACCAGAAAGCAGAAUGACACCACAGUCCAGUGUGUUCUCGCAUAGAUCAUAUUCCAUCUUGGCAGAAGAUCUGUCUGAGUCUCUCACAAUUCCCUCACCUCUCAAGUCUGACAAUCACCUCAGCUUUUUGCACCCAGCCAGCGGGGAGCCCAUGUCUGUUCCAGACAGUGUCAUCAGUGCACACUUCAGUGAGGAUGCUCUUAUGGAUGGGGAAGACGCUACAGAGCAGGACAUUCACCUUGCCCUGGACACAGACAACUCCAGCGGUGCGUCAAGCGGUGGUGGCAGGACUAGGGAGGCUCCUGUUAACCCCCUGUUUCACUUCAAGCCUCACUUGCCCAUGCAGGCAGUAGUGAUGGAGAAGUCAAAUGAUCAUUUCAUUGUGAGGAUACGGCAUGCAAACACAAACUCCACCAACUCGGGGGUCAACUCCACCAACUCGGGGGUCAACUCCACCAACUCGGGGGUCAACUCCACCAACUCGGGGGUCAACUCCUCAAGCCCAGGCAGUGUCAACUCUACCUACCAAGGAAAUAACUCCUCAAGCCCAGGCAGUGUCAACUCUACCUACCAAGGAAAUAACUCCUCAAGCCCAGGCAGUGUCAACUCUACCUACCAAGGAAAUAACUUCUCAAGCCCAGGCAGUGUCAACUCCACAAGCUUAGGAAUUAAUUCAUCAAGCCUAGUAGUGAAUUCUUUAAGCCCAGACAUCAACUCCACCAACCCAGUGGUCAACUCCACCAACCUAGGAAUCAACUCAAGCCAAGGAGUAAACUCUUCAAGCCCAGGCAGUGUCAACUCUACCUACCCAGGAAAUAAUGCCACCAACCCAGAAAAUAACUGUGCCUACCCAUGUGUCAACUUCACAAGCCCAGAAGUAAUUUCUACCAACCCAGGCAUCAGCCCCACAAGUGCAGACAUCAAUCCUGGGGGUGCUGAGAGCCCUCAAACACAACCAGGAGAAGAAAAACAUGGAAAAGACGAAGAUCAGCCCCCAGAAAAAACUCCUUCAAAAUCCCCUUUUUCAGAGGCGAGUCCUCCUUUCUACCUUUCCAGCCUUUCCACAAUCACCGAAACAACAUCUGCGCUAUCUUCGCCAUGCCUCACCAUCAUAGAAGACACACCAGAGAGAGACCACAGCAAGGGUAAGACCGGGAAAAAGCGCACAAAGCACCAUGUGGAAACUAAAGCAAAGCGGGUUAAAAAGGAGGUGAUCCCAGAGAGGAGCAUGCAUAAAAAGAAGUCCUCAAAAAGUCCCAAAGGAAAGGGGACUGGAAGCUCCAAGAGAGAGAGAAGUGAAGUCAUUACUCCACCCCAAUCUACCCCUUCACCCAACAGCCUGUCUGCCAAGAAUAUCAUCGUAAAAAAGGGUGAAGUGAUGGUGACGUGGACAAGGGAUGAAGAUCGAGAUAUUCUCCUCGCACUGAAGAUGAAAGGUUCCUCUCCAGAUACUUUCUCUGCCCUUUCAGAGAAAUUGAACAAGACACCCGCUCAGAUUGCAAAGCGAUUUUCCCAACUGAUGAAGCUUUUUAAGAAGAAGGAGAAGAUGGCAAACUGACUUCUGAAUGUUUUUUUUAAUUCGAUGAAGAUUUCAUUUACUAGGCUCCUUAUACUCUCAGACAUUUCAAGGUCAAGACUUGAAUGGCCCAUUUGAUGAAUGAGUGGAAGCAGAUCUGAAUGUGAUGCCUGUAAUUAAUGGACUUGGAACUAAUGAACACAGUCAACUAGAACUCCAACUGAAAUGUGUUUUUGUGCUGUGGUCAGUAAGGAUCUGAAUAUCCAUGAGGUAAAAUCCACACAGGCUUAAAUAUACAAUGUAUUAUCGCCCCACAGCCAAAAUGAAUACAACUUGUAUAAACUGUUUUGAUAUGUCUGUUGAUUUAGCAGAUUUCAAUGCACUGGAUUUAUUUUUCUUCCUUUUUUGUGUUGAAUCUAAUCUACCAUAUUGAUCCUGGGCAAUAUCCCAUCUCAACGUCACAACUCUUAAUAUGCCCUAGCAAGGUUAUACCAUAUGAGGAGUUAAACACUUCUGCAAUCAUAUAUUUAAUCAAGUAAUUAACCAAUUUUAGCUGUAAAUAACAGAAUGUGAAUGACCUCCUAAUGCUUUUAUGGAGCAUUGCAGCCUGUGCUGCUUGUACAAAAUUUGUACUAAAGUUACGUAUGCUUUUCUACUUCAACAUAAUCUGUGAGUGUUUGGAAAUAAAGAUUGGAACAACAAUUAAAGUGACCUUUACUCUGUCACGUGGCAGAAAGUGCAUUUUACUGUAUUAUAUAUGGCAUUGACUUCAAGCUGGUCAGUUAAAUGAAAAAAUAAGCCACAGAUGUUCCAUUUUAGGUAUGAUUCAAGGUCUUACGUUUAUAGAAAUUAAGGAUUUUACCAAGUACACAUUUCUUGACUGCUUAGAUUUUUGGUUGGUUGAUUUUGGUUUUGGAUGGUUGUGAAUAAGUGACAACAUGGUUAAGAAAUAUACGUUGUGUAGCCUAUAUUGUACAUAUUUUGGUUUUGAAAAUAAAGUUUAUUUAUUUAA